AUGGCUCUGUCCCUAGCCGGCGAGUCGGUCCCCGGAGACGGCAGAGACUCGCUCGGGAUAAGCCCCGCCGGCCUCGCCUCCUACUACCCCUCUUUCCUCCCACCCGCCCAUUACUUCGAGACGGCCCCCGACUUCUUCCAGCCCCUGAAACCCCUGGGCGAGCUGGUUUCCUCCUCGCCGCCUCUGCCUCCAUUCACCUUCAGCAGGGUCCCCGCUUUUCUGAGCCAGCCGCCCCCUCCGGGGGCCCCGGGGUCGCUCUCGCCGCCCUACCCGAGCCCCCCGCACAGGGCAGCCCGCAGCCCGGGGGCAGAAGUGGCGGCGGGGCAGAGCUACAGGUACCACUUCACCGAGGAGGAGCUCAACGCGGUGCUGUACGGGGCACUCCGGAGCAGCCAGCCGGCCGGGAAUCUCCACGCCAUCUCGGGGCUCCGGGUGUCCCCCGCCAGCUCGGGUAAGGGGUAUUUGAUGGUGGCGAGAGGGACACAGGGUGGCCCUGGGCGGCAGCUCGCUCCUCGCAGCCAGGCGCUGCGGACUCCGCCGCCCCGCUGCUCGACCGGGACUCGCUGCAGCUGCCCGAAGGUAGGUGUCCCGCACCGCCCGCGCCGCGCCCGCCCGCGCCGCCCCGCGCUCAGCCCGCUGUCACCCGCAGGGCUCUCGGUGCUGCGGGUGGCCUACGGGGACGUGUCUCAGCUCGGAGUCUUCUGUACCGACCCCAUCCCGAAAGGAGUCCGCUUCGGCCCUUUCCAAGGCAAAGUGGUCAACACGAGCGAGAUCAAGACUUACGACGACAACUCGCUGAUGUGGGAGAUCUUUGAAUACGGUGGCCUGAGCCACUUUAUCGAUGGGAAGGGCGCCGCUGGCAACUGGAUGUCCCUGGUGAACUGCGCCAGGUUCCCCGAGGAGCAGAAUUUGACGGCUAUCCAGUGCCAGGGACAAAUCUUCUACGAGACCUGCAAGGAAAUCUUCCCGAACCAGGAGCUGCUGGUGUGGUACGGCGAUUGCUACGUGCAAUUUCUGGGCAUCCCCAUCAGCUUGAAGGGCAUGGCGGAGGGGAAGAAACCCCCGCAGCACCCCGAAGAAGCCGGGGAGAGCUUCAAGUGUGAGCGCUGCGGCAAAGUUUUUGCCUACAAGUACUACCGGGACAAACACCUCAAGUACACCCGCUGCGUGGACCAGGGGGACCGCAAAUUCCCUUGUCACCUUUGUGACCGAUCCUUUGAAAAAAGAGACAGGCUGAGGAUCCAUAUUCUCCACGUUCACGAAAAGCACAGACCUCACAAGUGCUCUGUGUGUGGGAAGAGCUUUUCUCAAUCCUCCAGCCUGAACAAACACAUGAGGGUUCACUCUGGGGAGCGCCCCUACAAAUGUGUCUACUGCAACAAGGCGUUCACAGCAUCCAGCAUCCUGCGCACUCACAUCCGCCAGCACUCGGGGGAGAAGCCCUUCAAGUGCAAGCACUGCGGCAAAGCCUUCGCCUCGCACGCGGCCCACGACAGCCACGUGCGGCGCACGCACAGCAAGGACAAGGGCUGCACGUGCUCCGUGUGCGGCCAGCACUUCCCCCAGCAGGAGGACUGCGACUUCCACAUGAAGAUUCAUGCUGCUCACUAG